CCCCCCCCCCCUUUACACAGGAUGCGUCUCAGCAGAUGAGACUCGGAUGUCCCAGACUGACCUCACAUCUCAGACUAAUCUAAAUCGAGAAGUUUAUUAUUUGCAGCACCGCUUAGUUACACGGCAGGCAGGUCGCGAGCUGAGCGCGUGCCGAUGGUCGCUGGCUGGCGCGCGGCGUGAAGGUGACCAGCGCGCGAUGGCUGAUAAAGCGCCGGUGAGCCGGUACCAGGCGCUAAACAACGAAGAUGACUCCCCCGAAGAGAGCCCCCACUCCGAGCCCUCCCCAUCCAUCCAAGAGGUCGCUUCUGGGGGAGCUGCCAUACCAGUGGGGCCCGAGGUUCCUCCUCCCUAUUCCACAGGAGAAGAGUAUUUCUUUCAGAGUGACUUCCUCCUGGCCUCUGCACCCCCCCCAUACAGCAUCGCUACCUCCUUGCCCACCUAUGAUGAGGCUGAAAAGGCUGCCGCCAUGGCAACCUCUGUGGCAAAUAUGCAGGGGGAGUUUCCACUGCAGACUGCUUUUAGCGAGGCUGAUCGAGUGAGUGUCGGCAGCGAUCGUAUGUUCAUGGUGGCCUUUUUCGUGGCCUUUCUUUUGAACUGGAUUGGCUUUUGCCUGUCUUUCUGCCUGACCAACACCAUAGCUGGCCGAUGCGGGGCGCUCUCUGGCUUUGGACUCUCCCUUGUCAACUGGAUCUUCGUCAUAAGGUUUUUGGAGUAUUUUGAUCUGUAUGCCCAUGGUCAGUACUGGCUUUGGUGGAUAUUCCUUAUUUUUGGUUUCCUGCUCUUCUUCAGAGGAGUUGUGAACUAUCUGAAAGUGCGGAACAUGCCUGAGAACAUGGUGCCAAGCAGCAGGAUCCGUUUCUACUUUCUGUACUAGUGUGCAGCUGUUCACAGUUCAGUGUGAGGUUUCAUUAAUCUGCACCUGCCAACUGAACUGGACUCAGGGCCGCGGAAUCGGAGCUCUUCAGGAAGGCUGCCACCCAAAGAAGGCUGUCGUUAAAAAAGCAAUAAUUAUGAAUAACAAUCAUCAAUAAUCAUUAAUGAUCGUUGUAAUGCCGCAUUUAUUGAUUUCAACAAUACAAGCAUCUAUGCCAUUUCACAAAUACAUUUUCUAAUAUCUUUAUCACAUUCUUACCAUAAUUUAUAAAUCUCAAUUAUAAAUAUAGUCUAUUGAGUUCACCAUUUGAGCGAUUUUUUCUUUUCUUGGAACUCAUUACAUUUUCACUACAUGUGCAGUGUAGGUAACCACAGAAGCUUUUAUGUUUUAUAGGAAUUUCUGGAUAUGCUUCUUAAACUGGAUUCUUCUACAAGCUGGUCUUAGUUGUUUUUCUUUCCUUUUAACUGGCACAGUAAUGUGUCUGUGCAGCUUCAGUUUCUCCUCGUUUUUUCACCUUGAACCUGAGACUAAUGAAUCCUAAUCGUAUUAAUGUUUGCUUUAACAUUAAAAGGUAUUGUAAUAUU